AUGUCUGAAGGCUCAUGUGGGAUCUGCUUGGACGAUCUCAAGUCCCCUGUAUCAACACCCUGCGGUCAUCUCCAUUGUGAAGCCUGUUUAUUUACACAUCUCGAAGCGAACGCAGACGCCAUAACUGGUUCUUGUCCUACCUGUCGCGCUCAUUUCCCCAUCACAAACCCGGAUUUGCGCUUUGUACCACCAAAAUACCAUGUUUUUAUACUCCCCAGCGUGCGGCGCGUCUUCCUCGAUGUCUCUGGACAGUCGAACAGACAGCUGCAAGCGACUGCGACGCGUCUCGAGUCCCGUGUCAAUGCGCUUCUGGAGGACAAGAGGCUCCUGAUGGAGAGAUGCGAGUCGGCAAUGGCAGCAUCCCAGAAGCAUCAAGAAGGCGAACGAGACGCUCGGCUAGAGAUGGAGAAUCUGAUGGAGGAACUACGGGAGCUCAGGGCGAAGUACGAGAACCUGAAGAGGGGAUACAGGAUGUUAAGAAAAUCCGACGCUUGCGGGCCUGUACAAGCGCAGAAGCGCGACAGCAUCCAAGCAGGGCUUGACAGCUCAUCGGCAUCCUCGAGUCAUGAACAUACACCCUUGUUCCCGCCUUGCGAGGAUGAAGGAAGAAGUCUAGGAAGAUCGGCCCUGCGCGCCACGAAGCGACCUCGCCCUCUUGGGUCACCUUUCGAUCUCCCCGUUCUCCGAGGCAUUCCCGCAGCGCGUCCUGCCUUAUUCAAGAAAGGGCGUCGCUCCGUAGUGCUCAACCUCGACAGCUUCGGUCUGCCUAGUCUCCCCGAUAAUUUAGAGGAAGACGACGACACGGUGGUCAACUCCAGUGGAGGCCCCCAACGUUCCGGACUGCCAACGGGCGACAUCUUUUCGCCCGAGGUCAGUGGGGGCGCAAACAGCAGUUGGGGCCGUAGUAUCUUUGGCACCGGAGGCUCGAUGGAAAUCGAAGAGGAUGAUGAAUAA